CUCCAGGUAUAACAGCAGUGACACCAACACUGUUGAGCACGUUGGACACAGAAACCUCUACAGCUGCUUCUACUCUGCCUGUAUCUCCAAGGGUCACCCAUCCUGGAAAGGAACCUAUUUCAAGUGUUCCACACACCUCAUUUACAACUAGUGUUCCAGAAAUUAUGACCUCACCAGUGCUUAUUACUUCUGAACCUCAUACCACAGUUUCAUUAGUCACCCACGUUGGGGACCAGCUCAGCUCAGCCAUGUCUACAUUGCCGGUCUCUCCAGAUAGAACAGAAAUGCUAUCAUCACAUGUCACCAGCUCUGUCACAGAAAGCCUUUCAGGAACCUCAACACCCAGUGCUUCUCUGGGUCAGCCUGCAACCACAUCCACAGGAUCCAUCCGCCCUGAUAGAGAAGAGACUUCAUUGGUUCUAUCUACAGGCAUCUCAACAAGUGUUCCAGACAUGAUGACAUCAACGACUCUGAACCACACUUCUUCUGAAACAGAGCAAACAACAUCAUUGGUCCCAACUGUUGGGAAACUACCCAGUGUAUCUCUCUCUACUCAGCCUAUCUCUCCAGCUGUAACAACAGUGACACCAGACCUAUUCACUAACUUGGACACAGAAAGCUCUACAGUGACUGCUACUAUGCCCGUUUCUCCUGGUCAAACAGCAACCACAGCCCCAUUGGUCACCCAUUCUGAAACAGAAGCCAUUUCAGGGGUUCUAAUUACAUCAGCUCCUACUAGUGUUCCAGAUAGUUUGACCACAACAACUAACACUGCUUCUGAACUAGAAACCUCCUUAUCACUCGCCACCGAUGGAGAACAGCCCAGUUCUGUCAUGUCUACUCUGCCUGUCACUCCAGAUCUAACAGAAGUGACUUCAACAUUCAGCACUACUUCUGGUACAGAAGGCCAUUCAGGGACUUCAACUCCGGCUGCUUCUUCAGGUCAACCUGAUACCACAGCACCAUGGUCCACCCACCCAGGAAUGGAAGAGACUUCAGGGCAUCUAGCUACAAACAUCUCGACUACUCUCCCAGACAUGAUGACCUCAAAGACUCUGAACCACACUUCUCUGGAUACACAAACCAGAAAAUCACUGGUCACACAGGGUGGGGGACAGCCCACUUCAUCUCCCUCUACUCAGGCUGUCUCUCCAGGUAUAACAGCAGUGACACCAACACUGUUGAGCACGUUGGACACAGAAACCUCUACAGCUGCUUCUACUCUGCCUGUAUCUCCAAGGGUCACCCAUCCUGGAAAGGAACCUAUUUCAAGUGUUCCACACACCUCAUUUACAACUAGUGUUCCAGAAAUUAUGACCUCACCAGUGCUUAUUACUUCUGAACCUCAUACCACAGUUUCAUUAGUCACCCACGUUGGGGACCAGCUCAGCUCAGCCAUGUCUACAUUGCCGGUCUCUCCAGAUAGAACAGAAAUGCUAUCAUCACAUGUCACCAGCUCUGUCACAGAAAGCCUUUCAGGAACCUCAACACCCAGUGCUUCUCUGAGUCAGCCUGCAACCACAUCCACAGGAUCCAUCCGUCCUGAUAGAGAAGAGACUUCAUUGGUUCUAUCUACAGGCAUCUCAACAAGGGCUCCAGACAUGAUGACAUCAACGACUCUGAACCACACUUCUUCUGAAACAGAGCACACAACAUCAUUGGUCCCAACUGGUGGGAGACAACCCAGUGUAUCUCUCUCUACUCAGCCUAUCUCUCCAGCUGUAACAACAGUGACACCAGACCUAUUCACUAACUUGGACACAGAAAGCUCUACAGUGACUGCUACUAUGCCCGUUUCUCCUGGUCAAACAGCAACCACAGCCCCAUUGGUCACCCAUUCUGAAACAGAAGCCAUUUCAGGGGUUCUAAUUACAUCAGCUCCUACUAGUGUUCCAGAUAGUUUGACCACAACAACUAACACUGCUUCUGAACCAGAAACCUCCUUAUCACUCGCCACCCAUGGAGAACAGCCCAGUUCUGUCAUGUCUACUCUGCCUGUCACUCCAGAUCUAACAGAAGUGACUUCAACAUUCAGCACUACUUCUGGUACAGAAGGCCAUUCAGGGACUUCAACUCCGGCUGCUUCUUCAGGUCAACAUGAUACCACAGCACCAUGGUCCACCCACCCAGGAAUGGAAGAGACUUCAGGGCAUCUAGCUACAAACAUCUCGACUACUCUCCCAGACAUGAUGACCUCAAAGACUCUGAACCACACUUCUCUGGAUACACAAACCAGAAAAUCACUGGUCACACAGGGUGGGGGACAGCCCACUUCAUCUCCCUCUACUCAGGCUGUCUCUCCAGGUAUAACAGCAGUGACACCAACACUGUUGAGCACGUUGGACACAGAAACCUCUACAGCUGCUUCUACUCUGCCUGUAUCUCCAAGGGUCACCCAUCCUGGAAAGGAACCUAUUUCAAGUGUUCCACACACCUCAUUUACAACUAGUGUUCCAGAAAUUAUGACCUCACCAGUGCUUAUUACUUCUGAACCUCAUACCACAGUUUCAUUAGUCACCCACGUUGGGGACCAGCUCAGCUCAGCCAUGUCUACAUUGCCGGUCUCUCCAGAUAGAACAGAAAUGCUAUCAUCACAUGUCACCAGCUCUGUCACAGAAAGCCUUUCAGGAACCUCAACACCCAGUGCUUCUCUGGGUCAGCCUGCAACCACAUCCACAGGAUCCAUCCGUCCUGAUAGAGAAGAGACUUCAUUGGUUUUAUCUACAGGCAUCUCAACAAGUGCUCCAGACAUGAUGACAUCAACGACUCUGAACCACACUUCUUCUGAAACAGAGCACACAACAUCAUUGGUCCCAACUGGUGGGAGACUACCCAGUGUAUCUGUCUCUACUCAGCCUAUCUCUCCAGGUGUAACAACAGUGACACCAGACAUACUCACUAACUUGGACACAGAAAGCUCUACAGUGACUGCUACUAUGCCCGUUUCUCCUGGUCAAACAGCAACCACAGCCCCAUUGGUCACUCAUUCUGAAACAGAAGCCAUUUCAGGGGUUCUAAUUACAUCAGUACCUACUAGUGUUCCAGACAGUUUGUCCACACCAACUAACACUGCUUCUGAACCGGAAACCUCCCUUUCACUGGCCACCCAUGGAGAAAAGCCCAGUUUGGGCAUGCCUACUCUGCCUGUCACUCCAGAUCUAACAGAAGUGAUUUCAUCAUUCAGCCCUAGUUCUGGUACAGAAGGCCAUCCAGGGACUUCAACUCUGGCUGCUUCUUCAGGUCAACAUGAUACCACAGCACCAUGGUCCACCCACCCAGGAAUGGAAGAGACUUCAGGGCAUCUAGCUACAAACAUCUCGACUACUCUCCCAGACAUGAUGACCUCAAAGACUCUGAACCACACUUCUCUGGAUACACAAACCAGAAAAUCACUGGUCACACAGGGUGGGGGACAGCCCACUUCAUCUCCCUCUACUCAGGCUGUCUCUCCAGGUAUAACAGCAGUGACACCAACACUGUUGAGCACGUUGGACACAGAAACCUCUACAGCUGCUUCUACUCUGCCUGUAUCUCCAAGGGUCACCCAUCCUGGAAAGGAACCUAUUUCAAGUGUUCCACACACCUCAUUUACAACUAGUGUUCCAGAAAUUAUGACCUCACCAGUGCUUAUUACUUCUGAACCUCAUACCACAGUUUCAUUAGUCACCCACGUUGGGGACCAGCUCAGCUCAGCCAUGUCUACAUUGCCGGUCUCUCCAGAUAGAACAGAAAUGCUAUCAUCACAUGUCACCAGCUCUGUCACAGAAAGCCUUUCAGGAACCUCAACACCCAGUGCUUCUCUGGGUCAGCCUGCAACCACAUCCACAGGAUCCAUCCGCCCUGAUAGAGAAGAGACUUCAUUGGUUCUAUCUACAGGCAUCUCAACAAGUGUUCCAGACAUGAUGACAUCAACGACUCUGAACCACACUUCUUCUGAAACAGAGCAAACAACAUCAUUGGUCCCAACUGUUGGGAAACUACCCAGUGUAUCUCUCUCUACUCAGCCUAUCUCUCCAGCUGUAACAACAGUGACACCAGACCUAUUCACUAACUUGGACACAGAAAGCUCUACAGUGACUGCUACUAUGCCCGUUUCUCCUGGUCAAACAGCAACCACAGCCCCAUUGGUCACCCAUUCUGAAACAGAAGCCAUUUCAGGGGUUCUAAUUACAUCAGCUCCUACUAGUGUUCCAGAUAGUUUGACCACAACAACUAACACUGCUUCUGAACCAGAAACCUCCUUAUCACUCGCCACCGAUGGAGAACAGCCCAGUUCUGUCAUGUCUACUCUGCCUGUCACUCCAGAUCUAACAGAAGUGACUUCAACAUUCAGCACUACUUCUGGUACAGAAGGCCAUUCAGGGACUUCAACUCCGGCUGCUUCUUCAGGUCAACCUGAUACCACAGCACCAUGGUCCACCCACCCAGGAAUGGAAGAGACUUCAGGGCAUCUAGCUACAAACAUCUCGACUACUCUCCCAGACAUGAUGACCUCAAAGACUCUGAACCACACUUCUCUGGAUACACAAACCAGAAAAUCACUGGUCACACAGGGUGGGGGACAGCCCACUUCAUCUCCCUCUACUCAGGCUGUCUCUCCAGGUAUAACAGCAGUGACACCAACACUGUUGAGCACGUUGGACACAGAAACCUCUACAGCUGCUUCUACUCUGCCUGUAUCUCCAAGGGUCACCCAUCCUGGAAAGGAACCUAUUUCAAGUGUUCCACACACCUCAUUUACAACUAGUGUUCCAGAAAUUAUGACCUCACCAGUGCUUAUUACUUCUGAACCUCAUACCACAGUUUCAUUAGUCACCCACGUUGGGGACCAGCUCAGCUCAGCCAUGUCUACAUUGCCGGUCUCUCCAGAUAGAACAGAAAUGCUAUCAUCACAUGUCACCAGCUCUGUCACAGAAAGCCUUUCAGGAACCUCAACACCCAGUGCUUCUCUGAGUCAGCCUGCAACCACAUCCACAGGAUCCAUCCGUCCUGAUAGAGAAGAGACUUCAUUGGUUCUAUCUACAGGCAUCUCAACAAGGGCUCCAGACAUGAUGACAUCAACGACUCUGAACCACACUUCUUCUGAAACAGAGCACACAACAUCAUUGGUCCCAACUGGUGGGAGACAACCCAGUGUAUCUCUCUCUACUCAGCCUAUCUCUCCAGCUGUAACAACAGUGACACCAGACCUAUUCACUAACUUGGACACAGAAAGCUCUACAGUGACUGCUACUAUGCCCGUUUCUCCUGGUCAAACAGCAACCACAGCCCCAUUGGUCACCCAUUCUGAAACAGAAGCCAUUUCAGGGGUUCUAAUUACAUCAGCUCCUACUAGUGUUCCAGAUAGUUUGACCACAACAACUAACACUGCUUCUGAACCAGAAACCUCCUUAUCACUCGCCACCCAUGGAGAACAGCCCAGUUCUGUCAUGUCUACUCUGCCUGUCACUCCAGAUCUAACAGAAGUGACUUCAACAUUCAGCACUACUUCUGGUACAGAAGGCCAUUCAGGGACUUCAACUCCGGCUGCUUCUUCAGGUCAACAUGAUACCACAGCACCAUGGUCCACCCACCCAGGAAUGGAAGAGACUUCAGGGCAUCUAGCUACAAACAUCUCGACUACUCUCCCAGACAUGAUGACCUCAAAGACUCUGAACCACACUUCUCUGGAUACACAAACCAGAAAAUCACUGGUCACACAGGGUGGGGGACAGCCCACUUCAUCUCCCUCUACUCAGGCUGUCUCUCCAGGUAUAACAGCAGUGACACCAACACUGUUGAGCACGUUGGACACAGAAACCUCUACAGCUGCUUCUACUCUGCCUGUAUCUCCAAGGGUCACCCAUCCUGGAAAGGAACCUAUUUCAAGUGUUCCACACACCUCAUUUACAACUAGUGUUCCAGAAAUUAUGACCUCACCAGUGCUUAUUACUUCUGAACCUCAUACCACAGUUUCAUUAGUCACCCACGUUGGGGACCAGCUCAGCUCAGCCAUGUCUACAUUGCCGGUCUCUCCAGAUAGAACAGAAAUGCUAUCAUCACAUGUCACCAGCUCUGUCACAGAAAGCCUUUCAGGAACCUCAACACCCAGUGCUUCUCUGGGUCAGCCUGCAACCACAUCCACAGGAUCCAUCCGUCCUGAUAGAGAAGAGACUUCAUUGGUUUUAUCUACAGGCAUCUCAACAAGUGCUCCAGACAUGAUGACAUCAACGACUCUGAACCACACUUCUUCUGAAACAGAGCACACAACAUCAUUGGUCCCAACUGGUGGGAGACUACCCAGUGUAUCUGUCUCUACUCAGCCUAUCUCUCCAGGUGUAACAACAGUGACACCAGACAUACUCACUAACUUGGACACAGAAAGCUCUACAGUGACUGCUACUAUGCCCGUUUCUCCUGGUCAAACAGCAACCACAGCCCCAUUGGUCACUCAUUCUGAAACAGAAGCCAUUUCAGGGGUUCUAAUUACAUCAGUACCUACUAGUGUUCCAGACAGUUUGUCCACACCAACUAACACUGCUUCUGAACCGGAAACCUCCCUUUCACUGGCCACCCAUGGAGAAAAGCCCAGUUUGGGCAUGCCUACUCUGCCUGUCACUCCAGAUCUAACAGAAGUGAUUUCAUCAUUCAGCCCUAGUUCUGGUACAGAAGGCCAUCCAGGGACUUCAACUCUGGCUGCUUCUUCAGGUCAACAUGAUACCACAGCACCAUGGUCCACCCACCCAGGAAUGGAAGAGACUUCAGGGCAUCUAGCUACAAACAUCUCGACUACUCUCCCAGACAUGAUGACCUCAAAGACUCUGAACCACACUUCUCUGGAUACACAAACCAGAAAAUCACUGGUCACACAGGGUGGGGGACAGCCCACUUCAUCUCCCUCUACUCAGGCUGUCUCUCCAGGUAUAACAGCAGUGACACCAACACUGUUGAGCACGUUGGACACAGAAACCUCUACAGCUGCUUCUACUCUGCCUGUAUCUCCAAGGGUCACCCAUCCUGGAAAGGAACCUAUUUCAAGUGUUCCACACACCUCAUUUACAACUAGUGUUCCAGAAAUUAUGACCUCACCAGUGCUUAUUACUUCUGAACCUCAUACCACAGUUUCAUUAGUCACCCACGUUGGGGACCAGCUCAGCUCAGCCAUGUCUACAUUGCCGGUCUCUCCAGAUAGAACAGAAAUGCUAUCAUCACAUGUCACCAGCUCUGUCACAGAAAGCCUUUCAGGAACCUCAACACCCAGUGCUUCUCUGGGUCAGCCUGCAACCACAUCCACAGGAUCCAUCCGUCCUGAUAGAGAAGAGACUUCAUUGGUUCUAUCUACAGGCAUCUCAACAAGGGCUCCAGACAUGAUGACAUCAACGACUCUGAACCACACUUCUUCUGAAACAGAGCACACAACAUCAUUGGUCCCAACUGGUGGGAGACAACCCAGUGUAUCUCUCUCUACUCAGCCUAUCUCUCCAGCUGUAACAACAGUGACACCAGACCUAUUCACUAACUUGGACACAGAAAGCUCUACAGUGACUGCUACUAUGCCCGUUUCUCCUGGUCAAACAGCAACCACAGCCCCAUUGGUCACUCAUUCUGAAACAGAAGCCAUUUCAGGGGUUCUAAUUACAUCAGUCCCUACUAGUGUUCCAGACAGUUUGUCCACACCAACUAACACUGCUUCUGAACCGGAAAUCUCCCUUUCACUGGCCACCCAUGGAGAAAAGCCCAGUUUGGGCAUGCCUACUCUGCCUGUCACUCCAGAUCUAACAGAAGUGAUUUCAUCAUUCAGCCCUAGUUCUGGUACAGAAGGCCAUCCAGGGACUUUAACUCUGGCUGCUUCUUCAGGUCAACCUGACACCACAGCACCAUGGUCCACCUCCCCAGGAAUGGAAGAGACUUCAGGGCAUCUAGCUACAAACAUCUCGACUACUCUCCCAGACAUGAUGACCUCAAAGACUCUGAACCACACUUCUCUGGAUACACAAACCAGAAAAUCACUGGUCACACAGGGUGGGGGACAGCCCACUUCAUCUCCCUCUACUCAGGCUGUCUCUCCAGGUAUAACAGCAGUGACACCAACACUGUUGAGCACGUUGGACACAGAAACCUCUACAGCUGCUUCUACUCUGCCUGUAUCUCCAAGGGUCACCCAUCCUGGAAAGGAACCUAUUUCAAGUGUUCCACACACCUCAUUUACAACUAGUGUUCCAGAAAUUAUGACCUCACCAGUGCUUAUUACUUCUGAACCUCAUACCACAGUUUCAUUAGUCACCCACGUUGGGGACCAGCUCAGCUCAGCCAUGUCUACAUUGCCGGUCUCUCCAGAUAGAACAGAAAUGCUAUCAUCACAUGUCACCAGCUCUGUCACAGAAAGCCUUUCAGGAACCUCAACACCCAGUGCUUCUCUGGGUCAGCCUGCAACCACAUCCACAGGAUCCAUCCGUCCUGAUAGAGAAGAGACUUCAUUGGUUCUAUCUACAGGCAUCUCAACAAGUGCUCCAGACAUGAUGACAUCAACGACUCUGAACCACACUUCUUCUGAAACAGAGCACACAACAUCAUUGGUCCCAACUGGUGGGAGACAACCCAGUGUAUCUCUCUCUACUCAGCCUAUCUCUCCAGCUGUAACAACAGUGACACCAGACCUAUUCACUAACUUGGACACAGAAAGCUCUACAGUGACUGCUACUAUGCCCGUUUCUCCUGGUCAAACAGCAACCACAGCCCCAUUGGUCACUCAUUCUGAAACAGAAGCCAUUUCAGGAGUUCUAAUUACAUCAGCACCUACUAGUGUUCCAGACAGUUUGUCCACACCAACUAACACUGCUUCUGAACCGGAAACCUCCCUUUCACUGGCCACCCAUGGAGAAAAGCCCAGUUUGGGCAUGCCUACUCUGCCUGUCACUCCAGAUCUAACAGAAGUGAUUUCAUCAUUCAGCCCUAGUUCUGGUACAGAAGGCCAUCCAGGGACUUCAACUCUGGCUGCUUCUUCAGGUCAACCUGACACCACAGCACCAUGGUCCACCUCCCCAGGAAUGGAAGAGACUUCAGGGCAUCUAGCUACAAACAUCUCGACUACUCUCCCAGACAUGAUGACCUCAAAGACUCUGAACCACACUUCUCUGGAUACACAAACCAGAAAAUCACUGGUCACACAGGGUGGGGGACAGCCCACUUCAUCUCCCUCUACUCAGGCUGUCUCUCCAGGUAUAACAGCAGUGACACCAACACUGUUGAGCACGUUGGACACAGAAACCUCUACAGCUGCUUCUACUCUGCCUGUAUCUCCAAGGGUCACCCAUCCUGGAAAGGAACCUAUUUCAAGUGUUCCACACACCUCAUUUACAACUAGUGUUCCAGAAAUUAUGACCUCACCAGUGCUUAUUACUUCUGAACCUCAUACCACAGUUUCAUUAGUCACCCACGUUGGGGACCAGCUCAGCUCAGCCAUGUCUACAUUGCCUGUCUCUCCAGAUAGAACAGAAAUGCUAUCAUCACAUGUCACCAGCUCUGUCACAGAAAGCCUUUCAGGAACCUCAACACCCAGUGCUUCUCUGGGUCAGCCUGCAACCACAUCCACAGGAUCCAUCCGUCCUGAUAGAGAAGAGACUUCAUUGGUUUUAUCUACAGGCAUCUCAACAAGUGCUCCAGACAUGAUGACAUCAACGACUCUGAACCACACUUCUUCUGAAACAGAGCACACAACAUCAUUGGUCCCAACUGGUGGGAGACUACCCAGUGUAUCUGUCUCUACUCAGCCUAUCUCUCCAGCUGUAACAACAGUGACACCAGACAUACUCACUAACUUGGACACAGAAAGCUCUACAGUGACUGCUACUAUGCCCGUUUCUCCUGGUCAAACAGCAACCACAGCCCCAUUGGUCACUCAUUCUGAAACAGAAGCCAUUUCAGGGGUUCUAAUUACAUCAGUACCUACUAGUGUUCCAGACAGUUUGUCCACACCAACUAACACUGCUUCUGAACCAGAAACCUCCCUUUCACUGGCCACCCAUGGAGAAAAGCCCAGUUUGGGCAUGCCUACUCUGCUUGUCACUCCAGAUCUAACAGAAGUGAUUUCAUCAUUCAGCCCUAGUUCUGGUACAGAAGGCCAUUCAGGGACUUCAAAUCUGGCUGCUUCUUCAGGUCAACCUGACACCACAGAACCGUGGUCCACCUCCCCAGGAAUGGAAGAGACUUCAGGGCAUCUAGCUACAAACAUCUCGACUACUCUCCCAGACAUGAUGACCUCAAAGACUCUGAACCACACUUCUCUGGAUACACAAACCAGAAAAUCACUGGUCACACAGGGUGGGGGACAGCCCACUUCAUCUCCCUCUACUCAGGCUGUCUCUCCAGGUAUAACAGCAGUGACACCAACACUGUUGAGCACGUUGGACACAGAAACCUCUACAGCUGCUUCUACUCUGCCUGUAUCUCCAAGGGUCACCCAUCCUGGAAAGGAACCUAUUUCAAGUGUUCCACACACCUCAUUUACAACUAGUGUUCCAGAAAUUAUGACCUCACCAGUGCUUAUUACUUCUGAACCUCAUACCACAGUUUCAUUAGUCACCCACGUUGGGGACCAGCUCAGCUCAGCCAUGUCUACAUUGCCGGUCUCUCCAGAUAGAACAGAAAUGCUAUCAUCACAUGUCACCAGCUCUGUCACAGAAAGCCUUUCAGGAACCUCAACACCCAGUGCUUCUCUGGGUCAGCCUGCAACCACAUCCACAGGAUCCAUCCGUCCUGAUAGAGAAGAGACUUCAUUGGUUCUAUCUACAGGCAUCUCAACAAGUGCUCCAGACAUGAUGACAUCAACGACUCUGAACCACACUUCUUCUGAAACAGAGCACACAACAUCAUUGGUCCCAACUGGUGGGAGACAACCCAGUGUAUCUCUCUCUACUCAGCCUAUCUCUCCAGCUGUAACAACAGUGACACCAGACCUAUUCACUAACUUGGACACAGAAAGCUCUACAGUGACUGCUACUAUGCCCGUUUCUCCUGGUCAAACAGCAACCACAGCCCCAUUGGUCACUCAUUCUGAAACAGAAGCCAUUUCAGGGGUUCUAAUUACAUCAGUACCUACUAGUGUUCCAGACAGUUUGUCCACACCAACUAACACUGCUUCUGAACCAGAAACCUCCCUUUCACUGGCCACCCAUGGAGAAAAGCCCAGUUUGGGCAUGCCUACUCUGCCUGUCACUCCAGAUCUAACAGAAGUGAUUUCAUCAUUCAGCCCUAGUUCUGGUACAGAAGGCCAUCCAGGGACUUCAACUCUGGCUGCUUCUUCAGGUCAACCUGACACCACAGCACCAUGGUCCACCUCCCCAGGAAUGGAAGAGACUUCAGGGCAUCUAGCUACAAACAUCUCGACUACUCUCCCAGACAUGAUGACCUCAAAGACUCUGAACCACACUUCUCUGGAUACACAAACCAGAAAAUCACUGGUCACACAGGGUGGGGGACAGCCCACUUCAUCUCCCUCUACUCGGGCUUUCUCUCCAGGUAUAACAGCAGUGACACCAACACUGUUGAGCACGUUGGACACAGAAACCUCUACAGCUGCUUCUACUCUGCCUGUAUCUCCAAGGGUCACCCAUCCUGGAAAGGAACCUAUUUCAAGUGUUCCACACACCUCAUUUACCAUUAGUGUUCCAGAAAUUAUGACCUCACCAGUGCUUAUUACUUCUGAACCUCAUACCACAGUUUCAUUAGUCACCCACGUUGGGGACCAGCUCAGUUCAGCCAUGUCUACAUUGCCUGUCUCUCCAGAUAGAACAGAAAUGCUAUCAUCACAUGUCACCAGCUCUGUCACAGAAAGCCAUUCAGAAAGCUCAGCACCGAGUGCUUCUUUGGGUCAGCCCGCAAUCUCAUCCACAGUGUCCAUCCCUCCCAAUAGAGAAGGUACUUCAGAGGUUCUAUCUACAGGCAUCUCAACAAGUGCUCCAGACAUGAUGACAUCAAGGACUCUGAUUCACACAUCUUCUGAAACAGAGUGUACAACAUCAGUGGUCACAUCUGGUGGUGGACAGCCAAUUUUAUUUGUGUCAACCUCAGCUAUCUCUCCUAGAAUACCAGAAGAAACACCAGUGCGAUUCACAUUAUUGGGCCCAGAAAUCUCUACUGUCACUUCAACUCUGUCUGUGUCUUCAGGUCAGCCAGAGACUAGAGCUCCAUUUGUUACCCGUCCUGGAAAUAUAGCCACUUCCUUUGUUCUGCCUAUCUCCCUCUCGUCUAGUGUUCCCAAAAUGAUUUCCUCACCAACUUUUGUUCCUUCUGAACCUCAUAACACAAUUUCAUUAGUCACUCAUGGUCAACCAGAAACCAGAGAACCAUUGUUCACCUAUUCUGAUACAGAAGCCAUUUCAGUUGUAGCUAUUAACAUUUCAACUAGUGUUCCGGACAUGAUGACCUCACCAAGUCCUCUUCCUUCUGAACCUCAUGCCACAGUUUCUUUAGUUACCCAUGGUGAACAGUCCAGUUCAGCCAUUUCUAUUCUCCCUGUCUCUCCAGAUAUAACAGAAAUGAUAUCAUCACUGGCCACUAGUUCAGGUACUGAAAGACAUUCUGUGCAUUCAUAUCUGGCUGUUUCUACAGGUCAACCGGAAACCUCAGCCUCACUGCUCACCCACUUUGAAAGAGGAAGUACUUCAGUAGUUCCGUCUACAACCAUUUCAUCUAACGUUCCAGACGUCAUUACCUCAAAAACUGAGAGUGAAGCUCUUACUGAAACAGAGACUAUAAACUCAUUGUUCAUGAAUGCCACUACACAGCCCAAUUUAAGCAUGUCCACCAUGACAGUUUCUCCAGGUAUAACCAAAUUGACAUCCUCUCUGAGUACAAACUUGGGCACAGAUAUCCAUCCAACGACUUUAACUGUGGCUUUUUCUCCAGGUCCAGAGUCCACAGCCUCCUUGCUAACUCAUUCUCAAAGGGAAGCCACUCUAGGUGUUUUAACUUCUACCAUCUCACCUACUAUUUCAGACAUGAUGACCUCACCAUCUCCUCUUACUUCUAAACCACAUAACACAAUUUCAUUGGUCACCCCUGUUGAGCGACAUUUUAGUUCAGCCUUGCCCACACUAGCUGUUUCUUCUGGUGUUACAGAAAACAUUUCAUCAGAAGUUACUAGCUCUGUCACAAAAAGUCAUUCAGCAUCUUCAACUCAGGAUGCUUUUCCAGGUCAACCAGAGACCCCAACCUCAAUGGUCACCCCUCCUGAAGGAGAAAACACCUCGAAUAUUCUAACAACAUCCAUCUCAUCUAGUGUUGCAGACUUGAUGACCUCACCAAUUUUUAUUCCUUCUAAAGCACAUACUACAAUGUCACUGAUCACUCAUGUUGGGAGGCAACCCAGUCCAAGUAUUUCUACUCUGGAUAUCAUUCCUAGUGUAACAGAAACAAAGACAUCAGUGGCCACUACCUCUGUGAUAAAGACACAUACAAGUGCUCCAACUCUGGUUGUUCUUGCAGAUGAAACAGAUACCACAGCCUCAUGGGUCACCCAUUCUGGAAAAGAAGCCACUUCAACAGUUUCCAGUGUCUCUACUAUACCUGGCAAUAUGGAAAGAACGGAAACAGGGACCAUUCUUUCUGUCAAGACUAGCACACCACUUCCCAGAACAAAUCCCACAUUUUCUUAUAGUGAAUCAGAAAUCACUUCCUCAGCUUCAGGGGUAGAGACAAGUUCAGCCAGGAUUUUUUCAUCUAGUGCUUCUGAAGAAGGAGCCUCUUUCUCCAUCCACACUAGUAGUGAGACAAGCACAAGCAUUCUAACUGUAACCCCUUCUCCUGUAUCACCAAGCAGCACAGAAUUAUGGGCUUCCAGCCCUUCAGCAAAAUACUCUCUGACUAUGUCCUCUAGUGCCCCUGGUGUCCCUACAACUAGUAAAUCUAGCACUGCAACUUCACAGAGCAUAGAAACUUCACCAUCUCUCACUACACUUAGACUUUCAGAUUUUGUCGCUAAUGUCACAAGCCCCAACAUGACCUUGAUACCAUCAGAGUCUUCAAAAAGCCCACUUCCUGACCUGGAAACUGCAAGUAAACCCACUCAUUUAGCCGUCACAAGUUCAAGACCCACUGAGACUAAGACCACAACUACAGUACAUGGAAGUUCUUUUGCCUUUCUGACCACAUCUAGAAUGUCCACAUGGUCGCCUGAGAGUGUGACUUCAAGACAAAGUACACCUCCAUCCCUGGUACCCUUCACCCUCAAUUUCACCAUAACCAACCUACGCCAUAUGAAGGGCAUGGGAUCCCAAGGAUCUGCAAUAUUCAACAGCACAGAGAGGAUCUUGAAUCGCCUGCUCCAGCCCAUGUUCAGGAAGAGCAGUAUUGGGCCUUUUUAUUCUGGCUGCAGACUGAUCUCUCUGAGGCCUGAGAAAGAUGGAACAGCCACUGGAGUGGAUGCUGUCUGCACUCACCACUCUGCUCCCAUGGGCUUUCAGCUGGACAGAGAGAAGCUGUACUGGGAACUGAGCCAGAACACCCAUGGUGUCACCCAGCUGGGAUCCUUCACUUUAGAAAAGGACAGUCUGUACAUCAAUGGUUUUUCACAUAAAACAACCUCGGCUUCGACUCCCCACACUCCUGUGACAUCCUUUGUGUCUUACACAGAGACCUCCACCACACCACCCAUCCACACAACAGUGCCAGUCUCUCCUCUAGUGCCUUUCACCAUCAACUUCACCAUCACUAACCUCAAGUAUGAGGAGGGCAUGAGUCACCAUGGGUCCUGGAAGUUCAAUGCCACUGAGAGAAUCCUACAAAGACUGCUUUGGCCUUUGUUCAAUAAAACCAGUAUCAGCCUCCUAUAUUCUGACUGCAGACUGGCCUUGCUCAGGCCUGAGAAAGAUGGAGCAGCCACAGGGGUAGAUGCCAUCUGCACUCACCAUCCAGACCCGACUGGAGCUGGAAUAGACAAUGAACGGGUAUUCUGGGAACUGAGCAAGCUGACCCAAGAUAUCACUCAGCUGGGCCCUUACACCUUAGACAAGAACAGCCUUUACAUCAAUGGUUAUACACAUCAGAUCCUCUCCAUCUCAUCUACAAGUACACCUCCAUCCCUGGUACACUUCACCCUCAAUUUCACCAUAACCAACCUACGCCAUAUGGAGGGCAUGGGAUCCCAAGGAUCUGCAAUAUUCAACAGCACAGAGAGGAUCUUGAAUCGCCUGCUCCAGCCCAUGUUCAGGAACAGCAGUAUUGGGCCCUUUUAUUCUGGCUGCCGACUGAUCUCUCUGAGGCCUGAGAAAGAUGGAACAGCCACUGGCGUGGAUGCUGUCUGCACUCACCACUCUGCUCCCAUGGGCUUUCAGCUGGACAGAGAGAAGCUGUACUGGGAACUGAGCCAGAACACCCAUGGUGUCACCCAGCUGGGAUCCUUCACUUUAGAAAAGGACAGUCUGUACAUCAAUGGUUUUUCACAUAAAACAACCUCGGCUUCGACUCCCUACACUCCUGUGACAUCCUUUGUGCCUUACACAGAGACCUCCACCACACCACCCAUCCACACAACAGUGCCAGUCUCUCCUCUAGUGCCUUUCACCAUCAACUUCACCAUCACUAACCUCAAGUAUGAGGAGGGCAUGAGUCACCAUGGGUCCUGGAAGUUCAAUGCCACUGAGAGAAUCCUACAAAGACUGCUCUGGCCUUUGUUCAAUAAAACCAGUAUUAGCCUUCUGUAUUCUGACUGCAGACUGGCCUUGCUCAGGCCUGAGAAAGAUGGAGCAGCCACAGGGGUAGAUGCCAUCUGCACUCACCAUCAAGACCCAACUGGAGCUGGACUAGACAAUGAACGGGUAUUCUGGGAACUGAGCAAGCUGACCCAAGAUAUCACUCAGCUGGGCCCUUACACCUUAGACAAGAACAGCCUUUACAUCAAUGGUUAUACACAUCAGAUCCUCUCCAUCUCAUCUACAAUAGCAGGCCCUGUCCUGGAACAUUUUACUAUCAACUUCACCAUCGUUAACUUGGAGUUUGAGGAAGACAUGAGUCACCCUGGAUCCAGAAAAUUCAAUAUCACUGAGAGAACCCUGCAGAGUCUGCUGAAGACCCUGUUCAAAAAAUCCAGUGUCGGUUCCCUGUAUUCUGGCUGUAAACUGGCCUUGCUCAGACGUGAAAAUGAUGGUACAGGCACAGGAGUGGAUGCUGUCUGCACUUACUACCCUGACCCCACUGGCCUUGGACUGGACAAAGAGAUGGUAUAUUGGGAGAUCAGCAGGCUGACCUAUGAUGUCAACAGGUUGGGCCCUUACACUUUGGACCAGAACAGUCUCUAUGUCAAUGGUUACACACAUCAGAUCUCGACUACCACCACCCAAACCUCUGUGAUGACCACUGCUUCUACCGGAAUGACAAGCAACCCCCCCAAUCCAACAGCAGGCCCUGUGCUGAUGCCUUUUACCAUCAACUUCACUGUCAGUAACCUGGAGUAUGCAGAGGGCAUGGGUCACCCUGGAUCCAGGAAGUUUAACACCACUGAGCGAAUCCUGCAGAAACUGCUCAGGGUGUUGUUCAGUAAAACCAGUGUCGGCUCCCUGUACUCUGGAUGCAGACUGACCUCUCUCAGGCCUGAGAACAAUGGAACAGCCACAGGAGUAGAUGCCAUCUGCACCUACCACCCCAACACUUCUAAUCAAAGGCUAGACCGAGAGCAAGUAUACUGGGAGCUGAAAAGACUGAACAAUGGUAUCAUGCACCUAGGGCCCUACACCCUGGAUCAGAACAGUCUCUAUGUCAAUGGUUAUACCCAGCAGACUAUGGCCACUACCCAAACAACAUCAGUGAUGGCCACUGUUUCUGGAGGAAUGCCAAACACUUCCCCCACUCCAUCAGUGACCAGCCCUGUCCUGUUGCCUUUCACAAUCAACUUCACCAUCAUUAACCUGGAGUUUGAGGAGGACAUGGGUCGCCCUGGAUCCAGGAAGUUCAAUAUCACUGAGAGAACCCUACAAAGCCUGCUCAGGCCCUUGUUCAAUAAAACCAGUGUUGGUCGAUUGUUUUCUGGAUGCAGGCUGACCCUGCUCAGGCCUGAGAAAGAUGGGGCAGCCACAGGUGUGGAUGCCAUUUGUACCUACCACCUGGACCCUGCAGGCCACAGGCUGGAAAGUGAAGAAAUAUAUGGGGAGUUGAGCAGUCUGACCCAGGAUGUCACCCAGCUGGGCCCUUAUACCCUGGACCCAGGCAGUCUCUAUGUCAAUGGUGAGUACCGCCACCAGAUCCUGACUACUACUCCCAGAACUUCAAACUCUCUUUUGCUGCUAUGCACUCUUAACUUCACCAUCACCAACCUACCCUACACGAAGGACAUGUGGGUCCCAGGAUCUUCCAAGUUCCACAAAGUGGAGAAAGCCCUGCAGCUUCUGCUCAAACCUUUGUUCCAAAAUACCAGCAUUGGCCUAUGGUAUUCUGGCUGCAGACUGACCUCACUCAGGCCGAAGAAUGAUGGAGAGGCCACCAGUGUAGACAUGGUCUGCACUUACCAUGCAAACUCUGUAGACGCUGCUCUGGGCAGAGAGCAAUUGUACUGGGAGCUAGGACAGCUUACUCACAACAUUACUCAGCUGGGUCACUAUACCCUGGACCAGAAUAGUCUUUAUGUCAAUGGUUACACACUCCAGGCUUCAGUAAACAGUCCCAGCAGAUCACCCUUGGUGACAUUUACCCUCAACUUUACCAUCACCAACCUAUUUUACAAAGAAGAUAUGCAGCCCCCAGGCUCUAGAAAGUUUAAUACCACAGAAAAGAUCCUGCAAAGCCUGCUUGGACCCUUGUUCAGGAACACCACUAUAAGCCCUUUGUAUGCUGGAUGUAGACUAACGUUGCUCAGUCCCAGGAAGGAUGGAAAAGCCACUGGAGUGGACACAGUUUGCAGCUAUUACCCUAACCACACAGGUCAUGGGCUGGCCAGAGAGCAACUUUACUUGGAGCUGAGCAAUCUGACCUAUGGUGUCACUCAACUGGGCCCCUACACUCUGGAUCAGGACAGUCUCUGUGUUAAUGGUUACAUGCAUUCAGCCUCAGGUGCCAUUCUGAAUAGAAAUAUUAGUAUCACGGUACCCAUAGCUCUCAACUUUACUAUAACCAACCUACACUAUUCAGAGGAGAUGACACACCCAGGUUCCUUGAAGUUCAACUCCACCAAGUCAAUCUUACAUUAUUGGCUUGACACUUUGAUCAAUAAGACCAGCAUUGCCCCACUGUACUCCGGUUGCAGACUGGCUUCAUUCAGGUCUGACAAUAAUAGAGCAGCCACAGGAGUGGAUAUCGUCUGUACCUUCCACUCUAACCCCAUGAGUCCUGGGUUAAACCAAGAUCAGCUGUUUUGGGAGUUGAGCCACGGGACCCAUGGCAUCACCCGUCUGGGCCCCUAUACCCUGGAUCAGAACAGUCUCUCCAUCAAUGGUUACAGUUUUGGAGCUGCAGCCCCAACAACCACCACUGGGGAAGUCAGGGAGGAGAUGUUCACAGUGAACUUCACCAUCAACAACCUGCGCUACUCAGCUGACAUGGGCCAGAUUGGCUCCCCCAAGUUCAAUAUCACAGAUACACUCAUGCAGCACCUGCUCAGCCCUUUGUUUCAGAGAAGCAGUCUUGGCCCCCUAUACACCGGCUGUAGAAUGGCCACUCUACGGUCAGUGAAGAAUGGUGCCCAGACACAGGUAGAUGUCCUUUGCACAUACCGUCGGUUUUCCAACAGUCUGGGACUGCCUGCCAAGUCAAUUUUCUAUGAUCUAAGCUGGCAGACCCAUGGAAUCACCCGGCUGGGUCCUUAUUCCCUGGACAAAGACAGCCUUUUCAUCAAUGGUUACAAUGAACCUGGUCCAGAUGUACCUCCUACAACUCCAGAACCAGCCACCACCAUCUUACCUUCCCCAUCGACAUCUCUGCAGCCAGAGUCCAACACCGCUAUGUGGCACCACCUUAAAACUGUCACAAUCAACUUCACCAUCUCCAACCUUCCAUACUCAGCAGACAUGAUCAGUGGCUCAGCCUUGUUCAACACCACUGAGAAUGUUCUACAGCACCUGCUUGGACCCUUGUUCCAGAAUGCCUCCUUCAACUCAACUUGCAGAUUGACUUCCCUCAGGCCUGAGAAGAAUGGAACCUUCACAGGUGUGGUUACCACCUGUACCUACCAGCAUGACCUUACUCAUCCCGGAAUGGACAUACAGGGUCUAUACUCAGAACUGAGCCAUCUGAGCCAUGGGGUCACUCAGCUGGGAAACUACACACUGGAGGAGCAUAGCCUCUAUGUGAACGGUUAUAAUGGACUUGGUCUGGACAUACUUACUACAACUCCUGAUCCAAGCACCACCACCCUGCCUUUUAUUUUGACAUCUCUGCAGCCAGGAUCCACUACAGCUGUGGGGCAUCUCCUAAAGACCUUCAUGAUCAACUUCACUAUCUCUAAUCUUCCAUAUUCAGCAGACAUGAGCUAUAGCUCAGCCACAUUCAACUCUACUGAGAGUGUUCUACAGCAACUGCUUAGACCCUUGUUCCAGAAUAUAUCCUUCAACUCAAGCUGCAAACUGAUCUCUCUCAGGCCUGAGAAGAACCACAACUCCACUAGUGUGAAUGUCAUUUGUUCCUACCAACAUGACUCUGCACAGUCUGGGCUGCACACACAGGAUCUGUAUUCAGAGCUGAGCCAUCUGACCCAUGGAUUCACUCAGCUGGGCAACUAUACAUUGGACAAAGAUAGCCUCUAUGUGAAAGGUUACAAUGAAACUGGUACAGAAGAACCAACCACAAAUCCUGAACCUGCAACUACCAUGCUGCCUUCUCCAUCAAUACUUUUGCAAACAGAAUCUACCACAGCUGCGGGGCCUAACUUGAAGACUAUUACAGUCAGCUUCACCAUUUCUAACCUUCCAUAUUCAGCAACUAUAAACAAUGGCUCAUCUGUGUUCAACUCCACUGAGACUGUUCUGAAUCAGCUGCUUGAAGCCUUGCUCCACAAUGUUUCUUUCAAUUCAAGUUGCAGACUUGAUUCCUUCAGACCUGAGAAGAAUGGAGCAGCCACUGCUGUAGAAGCCACUUGCAACUACUAUCAAGAUCCUGUGCAUCCUGGGAUCGAUAUCCCAGGGCUUUACUCGGAGCUCAGCCAGCUGACUUAUGGAAUCACCCAGCUGGGCAACUACACACUGGACAAAGACAGUCUUCACGUCAAUGGUUAUAGUAAACCUCAUCCAGAAGGACCUCCUACAACUCCAGAGUCACCUACCACUACUCUGCCUUCUCCAUCUACAUCUUUGAAGCCAGAACCUACCACAGAGUACUCUCUGAAGAGUCUUACCAUCAACUUCACCAUAUCCAACCUUCCAUAUUCAUCAAAUAUGAGCAAUGGUUCAGCUAUGUUCAGCUCAACUGAGAGUGCCCUGCAGCACCUGCUUGGACAUUUGUUCCACAAUGGCUCCUUUAACUCAACGUGCAGAUUGGAUUCCCUCAGACCUAUAAAGAAUGGAACAGCCACUGGUGUGGAAGCCACCUGCACCUACCACCAUGAUCCCACAUAUCCUGAGAUGGACAUCCAAGGGCUGUACUUGCAGCUGAGCAAUCUAACCCAUGGAAUCACCCAACUGGGUAAUUACUCACUCGACAAGGACAGUCUGUAUGUCAAUGGUUAUAAUGAACAUGGUGCAGAAGUUCCUACAGCUCCUGGGUCACCCACCACCAUCCUGCCUUCUCCAUCAACAUUUGUGCAAGCGGAACCCACAGUGGGGCAUUUGAAGACUUUCACACUCAAUUUCACCAUAUCCAACCUCCCAUACUCAGCAGACAUGACUGCUGGCUCAGCCCUGUUCAAUUCCACUGAAAGGAUCCUGCAUCAUCUGAUUGGGUCCUUGGACCAGAACGAAUCCCUCUAUUCGGAUUGCAGACUGGCUUCUCUCAGGCCUAGGAAGAAUAGAACAGCCACUGGUGUGAAUGCUAUCUGCUUCUACCAUCAUAACCCUGAACAUCCUGAGCUUGACACUCAGGAGCUGUAUGCAAAGCUGAGCCAGCUGACCCAAGGAGUUACCCAGCUGGGAAGCUACACCCUGGAACAGAAUAGUCUCAAUGUCAAUGGUUACACUCACCACACUGCAGGAACUACUCCUAGUGGCUAUGUGCAGCAGAAUAUAACCAUAGAGGGCAAGUACCAGCUAAACUUCCGCAUCAUCAACCGGAACCUCAGCAACACAGACCCCACAUCUUCAGAGUGUAUCACCCUAGAGAGGGACAUCGAAGAAAAGGUCACUAUACUCUACACAAGCAGCCAGCUAAAAGAAGUAUUCCAGUCCUGCCUGGUCACCAACUUGACAUCUGGCUCCAUGGUGGUCACUGUGAAGGCAUUUUUUUCCUCUUAUCUGGAUCCCAGCCUUGUGAAGCAAGUCUUUUUGAAUAAGACAUGGAAUGCCUCCUCCCACUGGCUGGGUGCCAGCUACCAGUUGACAGAUCUGCAUGUGAUAGACAUGACAUCCAUUAUUCUGCCAAUAGAAAUACCAACAACCAGUUCCAGCUCUCAGCAUUUCAACUUAAACUUCACCAUCACCAAUCUACCCUAUUCCCAAGACAUAGCCCAGCCAGGCACCACAAAACACCUGCAAAACAAGAGAAGUAUUGAAUAUGCGCUCAACCAGCUUUUCAGAAACAGCAGCAUCAAGAGUUACUUUUCUGACUGUCAAGUUUUAGCCUUUAGGUCUGUCUCUAACAGCAACCACACAGGGGUAGAUUCCCUGUGUAACUUCUCAACUUUGGCUCGAAGAGUGGACAGAGUUGCUAUCUAUGAGGAAUUCCUUCGGAUGACACAAAAUGGUACCCAGCUGCUGAACUUCACCCUGGACAGGAAGAGUGUUUUUGUGGAUGGGUAUUCUCAAAACAGAGAGGAUGACGUGAUGAAGAACUCUGGUCUUCCCUUCUGGGCUAUUAUUCUCAUCUGCUUGGCGGUACUACUGAUACUCAUCACAUGCUUAACGUGCUGUUUUUUGGCAACUGUCUGCAGGAGAAAAAAGGAGGGAGACUACCAGGUUCAACGUCACCGCCUAGGUUAUUAUCUGCCUCACCUAGACCUGAGGAAGCUUCAGUGACUCCACUUGCCAGGGGUGCCUUUUCCCUAUCAGGGUUAAAAGAAUAAAUAA